GCGACAGAAUCUCUUCGUUUUACUGCACCUUUAAAGCUGACAAUAAAACAAUCAAGGGUUUUGAGAGGAGUAUUGAAAUGUUACCAUAAUAUCCUGCAGCGCACCUACCUGCGACUCAUUUCAUAAAUGGCAUGCAAGCAGUGGUUGGCCGGUUUACUAGUUGGUCAGACAGUCACUUCCUGUCUGAGUGGGCGGGUCAUAGCCAGGAUGAGCCGUGAUGUGCUUCAUACCUCCUAAACUAGCACUAAAGCGCUUCGUCUUCAUCAGAGUUGGACUGAAUAAACUGUGAUUCUCCCAGAAAAACACCAGCUAGUCAUGCCUAGACUUGACUCGGUAUCAGAAGACGGUAGAAUGAGGUCUGGAUGUCAGUGAGGUCAUGAGCGUGAAGCAGGAAUGACUACAUGUCAACAGCACUUGUGUAACGCCGUCCGCCUGUACAUACACGUCCCAGAGCGAGAGAGCGCUGUCAUUACAAAGCUGGAAGGGCUUUAGCAAAGCCUCCUGGCAACAGGAAACCAGCAGCAGACACAAUGACAGCAGAUUAGUAACGAGCGAAGCCCCUAAACGUGACGUCGACCCGACAGAAACCAGCCGUGCCCUUCCCAGCGUUCACAUGAUGAAAGCCCGAGCGAAGCGGCUCAGGUGAACUUCCUCAGCGUCUGAGAUCACACAGAAGUCACGCCGCCGGGUGACAUCAGCACAGACCAAACAAACGCCGAGCUUUAGGGAGGAGACGCGGGUCAGACUCCAUCUGCACCUGCCGAGCUUCACCUGUUUGACGAUCUCUGGACUUUAGCACCACGACGGACUCCGUACCGCAGGAGAAGAGCUCGGAAACCAGAGAAAGCCAAAGAUCUGCUGGGUUACGCAGAAACGCCUCUAACGUUUGUUGGCUUCAGACCUCAGAUGUUCAGAUGUGGGCGUGAAACACCUGCACACCUAUCCAGAGGAAUGCCGUUAUGCGCUUGCCGUCUCCCGCUGCUACUAAAGUGCCGAUAAAACCUUUAUUGGCCAACAAAACAUGUUUUCUGUAGUGCCAUACAAAUUUAAAGAAACCUUUUUAAUUGACGCUCCUCACAUGCUGUCGCGCUGCUGAAGUCUUAAGAUGCCCUUGAGGACGCCGUUACCCCGCAAACCCACGUCUGGACGCUGGCAGAGGAGGCCUUGGAACCGCAAGGAGGUUUUGUCCGUGAACAUGAUCAGUCUUCCUCUGGGUGAUUUCCGUCACCUGUCUCACAUCGGUGCGAGCGGACACACGGACAGCUUCGGAGACCUGUCCUUCCUGAAGGAGGGCCACAGUCUCCUGCUGCAGAGCUCCAAGAGCGAGCAGAACCUGUUCCUCCCGCCGCCGCCCAAACCGCCCCGGGUCAACCUGGACGAAGCGGGCCGGUGCAGCCCGGUCUGGGAGCACGCUCCGGUCGAUCAGAGGCAGAAGUGCAGCUCGCUUCCCCUCCUGGACACGGAGGAGGACGAGGACGAGGACACGGAGCCGAACGGCAACGGCUGGAGCCCUGCUCGAGGCAGCCUGAGCUCCGGACGGGAUUCGACCCAAACCAACCCCGAGGAAACACAGCCGAACCAAACGGACUCUGCAUUCGCGUUCAGUCUGGAUCUGGGACCCUCUAUACUGGACUCCGUGCUCCAGGUGAUGGAUAAAGUCCAUCAGUCGUGAACUUGGAAACUAGGGCUGUCGAAUAAAAAUUCUACUUUGGAAUAUUUUAUUCGAAUUCAAAAUAAAAAUCCUAGAUUUUAGGUGUGCGUAGGGCACGCGAGAUGCAGGUGUCAUUGCUUAAAAGGGGCAUCGGAUGAUUAAUUCACUUUUUUAUAUGUUCUUUGACCAAAAAAACCUUUUUAAAAAUCGAGAAUUAAGCUGAAAGCUGAACAAAUACGUUUUUCUUUGAGGUGUGGUUUGUUAGGACAGGAUAAUAUCUGAGAUUUGAAAAUCUGGAAUAUGUUCACGGUAGGAGAUUUACAAAAUAUCUUCAUGCAACAUAAAGCUUACUUAUAUCCUAAUCUAUAAUUUUCACCCAAGCAAUGCUCCAAAUGCUUUCAAAUCUCCAAUAAUAGUUCAAUCUAAAUAAGCCCCUCCCCACGACUGAUGAUUGACAUCUUACCUUAGCCCCACCCUCAGUGAUCAUAUGUAGAGAAGAAUGUCUCCUAAGCAACUGAAGUGUAUUGUUGUUGGAUGUAACAAUGAACAUAGUAGUUGUCAUUUAUUCCUGACAGCCGAGUCGCUGAAGACGCAGAGGAUUACAUUUGUUUCUGAAAGCACCCCCCGUCGACCUAAACGUGUCUAUUUUUGCACAGAUCAUUUGUGAUCCAGCCUCACCUCCAGAAGAAGUCAGCGUGAGGGUCUAUUAUCAAUCUUUGCAAGUCACUUUUCCUAAUAAAGUGCUAGUUAGCAAGAUCCGUGGCUAAAAUCUACAGUCUCAGAGAAUAGUUCAUCAGUCAAUGCGAGAGAGGGGCGGGGUCAGCAGAGCUCAUUAGCAUUUAAAGAGACAUGCAGCGAAACGGGUCACUAAACUGUGUGGUUUUACACUAGCAUUGAGAAUCUGCAGCUAAAGUAGGUUGCAAACGUUUCAUUAAGACCCUAAGAAUAAUAUUAACUUGUGGGAAAUGGGCAUCCGAUGACCCGAUGUUAUUUUGUAGAGGCACAUCGAUCACCAUUGCGUUUCGAAUCUUGCACAAGCUGCAGUGUUUCUGCUCAAACUUCUGAACUCUGUACAAUAAUAACAAAACUCAAAACAUUGCUCAACCAGACAUUUCUUCCCGGAAAAGCAGCAUGCGUUUCAGACCAGCGCUCUGCUGUCCAAACCCCACACCCUUUUUUUUUUUUUUUAAGAAAUACCCUCUGUUAUAUAACGUUGUGUAACAGCCUGACUGAUCAGACAUUGUGUUAGUCAAUGAUUGCUGGAGUCUAGUUAAUAACUGAGCAGCUUUUAUUUGGCCUCUUCAAACUGAUUUCCUUAUCUGCUUUCUGAGUACCUUGCAUUUACAGACUAAAUGAACGGUCAUAUAUUAUUUCUAUACGGCAAAACCGUUUUAGAUCAACUAGAUCUGCCAGCAGAAGGAAACAAUGGUGAUUCCUUAAUAAAAUGUUUUGAGGAAACUAUAUGUAUUUAUACAUGUACACUUUCAUAUUACGUAUAUGUUAAUAUGCAUAUUAAAAUAUUUUAUUUUUAAUAUGCAUUGGUUAUAUAAAUGCAAUUUGCACUUGAAUGCUUAAAUAAAGCGCAACAAAACACUAAUAAAGCCUGCUACUUUUUUUGUAUAUAUAAUAACUAUAAGCAAUUCCUCUGCAGCAAUUCCUCUGCAGAAAACCCCACCAUUAAGAUUUUCUUUAAAUGUUUGACAUUGAAAAAUAUUUUAAAAAGGAAUGUUUUAUUUAUUAUUUAUAUUUAUUAUAAUGAUAUCAUUCUAACAUAAUAAAAUGACCACUACUGCUAAAAAUAACAACAACAAUAAAAGCAAUGAGGUACUCGAGGCAGUGCUAAAGGGGUACCUUAUUUUCAAAUGUACACACACACACACACACACACACAUCAGUUUAAUCAUGCAACCUCGAGUUUAGAUUAUUAGUUCCCUAACAAACAUCAAAAAGAUUUUAAAUUGUUCUUAAUUACUCAUAAAGCCCUGAAUGCGGGUGCCAGAUCCUUUUCUUAUUUAGCAACAAAACGAUCUCCCUAACGCUGUUUGGGAGGCAGACACACUCCGUUUAAAUCUAGAUUUAACCUGGCUUACACAAAACACAUACGCUUCUAUUAUUCAUAUAAUAAUAGAAUAUGUAUCUGAAGUCCACUAAAAAUACUCGAUAACAAAUAGCCCACAGUUAGCGCCGACGCUCUCAAUACAUCAUGCUGAAUCAGUUCUGAGCACAAAACGGCUGAAACAAGAGAGGGAGAGAACACAACCAGAGCCUCUACGCGUCUAACCCAAUGCUGUUUCUGUAUUUCUGAGUGAGGAAACGUGACACUUCCACAUGUGCUUGAGGCUUUAAACACUACCUGCUGAACAAACAGAGCCGCAGGAGGCCUUCAGACAGACACACACGACAGAAACCCACACUGUAUCAGGAAACCGAUCCUGUCUGAAGCAUGUGCCAUAACUUCUGUACUGGCCAAUCAGCAUCCGGGACCAGAAUCUCAAUUAAAAUUCAAGUGAAAAUCUAACACAUACAAAAAUAAAACACGUUUUAUCAUUUUUGAUGCAAGUGAUGAUACGGGUAUUUUAUUUAUAUAUUCAUUUUUCUAAUAUUGGUUUUCAUUUGAACCACACAGAUGUAGUUUAUCACAAAUGAAUGAAAAUAAAAUUAAAUAAAAAUAAAAUGAAAACUAUUUCAUAUGUAGGUAUUUAAAAAGGACAAACAAAAUUGACAAACACACACACAAAACUAUUUAAAUAUCAAAUGAAAAUUUAAUUUAACUGGUUUUACUUUUCCUAAAUGUCUGUGAUAAUAUAGUUACUUAUAUUUAGUUUAUUUUAUAUUUUCAGCUGCAUUUUAGUUUUAGUGAUUUUGCUCUGUUGUUGUUGUUUUAUUUCUCUUUAUCAUUUUUGAUUAACUGCAUUGGAACUGUAUCACAAUUUUGUGUGUUCUUAAAAUAAAAUGAUAAAAU